CUGUUGCUUGAGUUUAACUUGUGUUGAACCCGGAAUAUUCCUUUAAUCGUCUAUCAUCGUACCAUGUCUCUUCCGUAAUUAUUUAGUUAUGUAAAUUAUUUGUAUGUAUUGUUUUGCGUACUGUUCUUUGUGGACUGCAUCAUUAUUUCCCACCAUAGGGGUGUACAACAAAAAUGAUAUUGUUACGUUUCGUCUCCUUGGACAACUUAAGCCUUUCAUACUAGUUGCUACGAUAUAUGUGAUUAUAAAAACUUUGUAGAAAAAGGAUAUUAGAAGCGAGAAAAUAACAAAAGACGUGUAUUGUCUCACAAGAUACCACUUUGUGGUAUCUUCCAGCUUCAGUUAGGAAUUAUUAUGGCCGUUGCCUGAGCAGAUUAGCCUCGUUAGGGAGGGGAACAUCUGAAUUCGAUUUAAAAGUGUAGUAAACAUGGCAGCCAAGAAAAGUGAGUUAGAAAUAGACAAAUAUGAGAGUGGUGUGGUAACAACGACUGCAAGCAAUUGCAGGAAUGGAUGAGCUGGGUGUUUAUGUCAGCACCGCUGUUUCCUCUGCAGUCUGGUUGCCAGGCAUCUCCAUAUGCCUCGACGCCUGCUGAUAUCGUCGCCUGGUAUAUCCAGAUCAGCAGCACACCGUCCUCCAUUCCAGCUGCCAGCACUGGCCAAACAGCGCAACCGGCGGCUGAGAGAGAACUAGCAGCAGCACAGCCGGCAGGUAGAGAGUACACCAUUCCCUCUCCUCUACGUAGAUUUCUGGCUGAAACUGUAGAUUUUUUCAUUCUGUUUUGUGUUAAAGCAACCACAGUCCUGUGGAUCAUGCAUCUAAGUGGAAUGAAAGAUAUUUCAAAAUUCAUUAUGCAGUUUAUAGUGGAAGAGACUGAUGAGAACACACUGGAGGACCUGCAGAAGAUGAUGGCGGUGGCUUUAGCAUACAGAGUGCUAGUGUGUCUCUAUGAAAUCAUCUGUAUAUGGGGAGUUGGAGGUGCCACUCCAGGAAAGUUCCUACUGGGUCUUCGAGUUGUCACAUGUGACUCAACAGUCCUGGUGCAUCCCAGUCGUGUUCUGGUGGUACCAGCAUCCAAUGUCAGCUUAUCUGCCUCCACAGUACGGGCCUUGAACAAAAACUUGUCCAUCGCCAUCUUUUUCCCUGUAUUUAUCACACUACUCUUUUUCCAGCACAACAGAACGGUUUAUGAUGUUGUAGCUGGAACCAUUGUGGUUCGGCAGAGAAGAGCCAGAUGACCAGUCUUUGUGUGUCAGUGUAAAUCUGACUGACUAAUAUUAUAAGUGGUGAAAACAUGGGGCUGUUAAUUUACCAUGAAAUGGUAACAGAUGAUCUCAGUAUUUAUUUAUUUAUUUUUUUCACGUGUUUGAAAAGAACAUACUGCAGAUUUGCACUGAUGGUUAAUGUAUUAGUGGCAUAACACUUCUGUGACCAUAUAGCUAUUGUUUACAGCUAUUGGGCCGUUCAGAGUCAGACUGAAUGUGUUUUUGAGUUAAAAAAGCAUUGUUGCUGCACAAUGAAUAGAACAGAACGCAGGUGUCUCUAGAUGCAUUUUUAAAUAUUUAAGUUCUUUUAAUUUGACUCUGCUUCACGAGAUGCUAAAAACUGACCUAUGGGGCUGUUCACACUCGAUGCGUUUUGCAUCCAUCUGUGCUGUUUUUCUAUGUUAACAUGCACUAGAAGGACGUCUUUGACCAUUGCACCAUAUAUAGCUGUUUUUUUAGAAUUUGUGUCUGGUGAAAAAGAAUGACAACUUUUAAAAAUACGUCUCGCAACACCUGCAUUCUGUUCAGUUAGUUGCGCUGCUUCUAGCUCUUUUAGAGAUUAAGAACGCAUACGGUCUGAAUGACCCCUUAGAGAUGUUACUGAGUCUUGACAAUAAAAGAUGCUAAAAUAGAGCUUUGACGUAGACAUGCUUGGAAAUUUCAUCUAACUGGAAUGUUUAACUACAAAUACCAGUUUAAUCCACAAGGUUUUCAUAAGGUUUCCCCAGAAUCAAGGCUGAUAGCCCAGACAAGUCUGUUAUUUAUCUCACCAAAGGCAGGGAAUUGAACUUGUCAUUCAUUGUGUAUCCGUCAACACAUGCAUGAAGCAGUCUGGAAUGUUCCACUCCUGUUGUCAAUUCAGUCAGACGCUGGUGUGCCAUAUGCAUCACUUCAUUUCUCAGGGUUUCUUAAAACCUGCUUUAAGCAUCGUAUUGAUAUUUGAAGAGUUAAGUGUUACAUUUUGAGAUUAACGUUAGCUACCCUACAGUAUUUGGCAUGUCUAACACAUCAGUUGUGUUUUUCAUUGUAUGCAUGGUUCAUAAAGAUACAUUCAAAGCCUUGGAGUGAUUGUUGGACACUGAUAUUACUCAGGCCCAUGGAAUAACAUGACUGGUAUUGUGCAGUAUGCAUAGCCUAACUGUACUCUUCCUUUAUCAAUGGCAGUUUUAUUGUAUAGUUAUGUAAAAAAUAUGUAUAAGAUUAAUAUCUUGAAUGAAUUUCAGUUUGUGUGUCACAUGUAUUGCACAGAGAAACAGUUUACAGUAGGUUGUUAUUCAAACUUGGCAUGUGACUAAAUGGAUUUUGGUAAUAGUAUAGAUACAGCAGUAUAGAUAGUAGCAUAGUCCACGAACUUAUAUAAAAUAAAACUAUAAAAUAAAUUUCCUUCUCCUUUGACAAUGUCAGUAUAGAGUAAAUAAUGAAAAAAUACACAAUGAACCUGUGCGAAAUGAACACAAUGCUUCAUGAGAACCACUAGGUGGAGAUAUGUGUUCAUAAACACAAGUUUGACAAUCACCAAUUAGAAAAUCACACUGUUGAAUUCCUCGAAAUGCACUACAAAUGUCCUUUAGCAUGAUACCCUCGUAAAAUUACAAGUCACAUUCCAUAGAUAGUGACAGCCCACAUUCUAACAAGCAGAAAACAUUUCCCGAAAACAGAGAUAAAUGCUAUUGUUCUGGUAAGAAUAAAUGACUGAUUUAGAUCUUUGGAAUAAAUUAU